AUGUCGUCGAGACUCUCAGCUGCCCGGCCAAAUCGAGCGGGCGAGGACUUUGCCCGCGCCCACCACGGUGAGGCGGGUGGCGACCAUGGCAACGCCAAGUUUGACGUCCGAAACCCGUCAAUACUGGCUCCAGACUCGAGAGAGGAAGAUGCCGUCCUAGAUGCAGACGUCAUAGGGAGCAGGGGCUCUACAAAGCGUGGUGCCGUAAACCUCGACGGCUACGACAGCGACUCGGACAAUGAAACAUUCAACGCCAAGGCGGCGGGCCGCAAAAAGGGCAAGGUCGACAUUAACGAGCAGUUGGAUAACUACGAUGCCGCAAGAUCCGCAGCAGCCUCGGGAGGUAAUGUCAAUGGCCACGCGGACGACGACGACGAUGGCAACGGCAACGGCAACGACGAUGAAGACAUGUUUGCCAUGGGCGGCGAGGCCGACGCACCAAUAGAGGAGGAAGACGUCGACUUUGAUAAAUCUGGAAAGAAGAAGACGAGUGUCCAGUUUCUCGAUGCCACGCAGAUCAUGGGCCAGGAACAUGGCAGCAAGAGUGGUGGCCACGUGAGACUGGAUGACCAAGACAGCGAGGACGACGAGCUUGAAGCGCAACUGGCAGCCCUGGAAGAGGGCGUGGAUGAAGAGGUUGGUGCAGGCGGUCUAAAGCGGAAUGCGCCAAAGGUCGAGGCUUUCAACUUGCAAGCUGAGAUGGAAGAAGGUCAAUUCGACCAAUCAGGCAACUAUGUCCGCAAAGCAGCCGACCCGGACGCCGUCCACGACAAUUGGUUAGACGGGGUGAGCAAGAAGGACAUGAAGAAGGCAGCCGCGGCGCAUGAGAAACGCGCGGCUGAAGCGCGGCGGCAGCGCCUUGAAGAAGCCGACGUUCUCGUCUCCGACUUGCUCGGGACCUUGAUUCUGCGAUUGGAGCCCUCCGAGUCGCCCCUCGAGGCCCUGGCUCGACUGGGGAGAGGCCAGACGAGAACCAAGAAAAUACCCAAAUGGAAACUCAAGAAGAUGAACAAGGGCUCGGAAGACAUGGAAGUGGACGACAAGGGCGCUGCCCAAGACGUGGAGCAGACUCGAAUCAAGGAAUCCAUCAAUGCCAUUACUGACGCGGCUGACAAAUUGCUCAGCCGUGACUACGAAGAGGUCUACGACCAGGAUCGCGAAUUGCUGAUGCGGGCAUACCGGCGCGAGACUGGAGAGGAUUGGGUCGAGCCAGCGUCGCAACAUCAACAUGAAGACGUCGAGCGAGAGGUGACUCGUGCUGAUCAGCCAAUCCAACAGUGGGAAUUCCGAUGGACAGAUGGCCGUGAUGGCGAAACGAAGCAGGGCCCUUUUGAUCAGGCGACCAUGAAGGCGUGGCAGGACGCUGGUUAUUUUGCACAAGGCAUUGAAUUCCGCGUCGCCGGCGGUGGUGAUGACGGUUGGACAACAACGGCCAACUUUGCGUCAUGA